UAAGACCACUUUUAGUUCUCAACGUGUGAAAACUGUGUACUCGAACAGUGGUUCGAAAUCUCAUUUGGAUUUAUUGUGUGCUCUAUACUUCGAAACGAUGGAAGAAGCUGUGCAGGAUGUGAAAAAGUCUAAUUUAAGACGAUCGAUAAUGUAUUUUGACAACAGCAUCCAGCAUCCCGCAAUUGACAGAAGUGAAGAAAAUUUUGCAUCACUAAUUAGGAAUUGAAGCCGAUCCCAGCUGUGAGAAUUGCUACUCUAAUGAUAUUCGACACAGAAAGAAGGAUUAAAUGAAUUGGAAUUGAAAACAUAGACGAGAUUCAAUCUGCAUAUUUGCAGCGAGAAGAUGGGGGCGAAAAACUGAACACAAUGUGAUAUAAUCUAGUAGUGAAAUGUAUCCACGGUCUUCCAGCUGCUCAAACGAGGAGCCUUGUAGUGUAAUUAUUUAAAUAUGUGAUAGAGAAGUCUAAGCAAUAGUUAAGUGAAAAUCCAAUGUCUUCCGGUAGUGUUUACAAAUAAUUAUUACGUAUAAAGUCUUCCCAUUUAUCAAAGAAUAAAAAGCUUUAAAAAUUGCAAUGAAAAAGCUUUCGCCAGCAGAUAAAUUUCGUCGCCGGCUAGCGGCGAUGAAAAAGGCUAAUAAGGGUAAGAAAAAUAAAUUUUUCGAGCAUGAUGUACGGAAGAAUGAGAAUGAAUUUAAAGGAGAAUCCCCGGAAGAAACUGAAAAUGCUGAAACAGAGCCUGGCGUGGAAAUCGCCCUGAAUUCACCGUCGAAUACGGAGCAGUUGGGAGAUGAACCACUUUCAAGUCCAACAUCAUCCGAAGCUUCGAAUGUACCAAAGAUGAAAUCCAUGGUUCGGAUAAAUAGCAACUCAAAAAGUAACUAUAGCUUCAAAAAACGCAAAACCAUUGUAAACAACAACAAGAAACGGUUCCUAAAGAAACUGCGACGCUUCCAGCAUCUGCAUGCGAGUCAUCCAACCCUUAUGUUUUCACCGGACUUUCGGCAGCUCUCCGCAGCGCUACAUGACGGCAUAAUCGGAAAGCAGUGCUGCUGUCAGUGCGCAUGUCCCGCAAACAAUAACCACCUCGAAGUACUUCUACACCCCCAGCAGCAGCAGCAGCAUAAUAGUUUUCAACCACCAUAUCAGCAUUCUGUAGAACAGGAAGACCUUCGUCGUGGUUCGUCUGCAACCGGAUUUGCAAAUGUGAAAACAAUCAAAAGUAUUCCUGAUUCCGGUGGAACGUCGUGUGCCCAGUCGAAAUUAUGCAACCCCAAUAAUCGGUAUCGCCAAGAACUACAGCGACAGCAGGAUUAUCGUCAAUUUCACCAUCGUCAACAUCAUCCGCCAUCGUAUCAUCAGCAUCAUUCGCAAGAACAGCAGUUCCCGGUGCAGUUUCCUGAAAGGCGACCACGAGAGGCGUCCUCCUCCUUCCAAGUGCCAUUCUGCAUGAAGGAGAUGCACAGCGUGGUGAGCGUUCGCGAAACACACCACAUCGCCCAGGCCCAGCAGGAGAAGAAUGCCAAACUGCGGGAAGCGUUCGGCAUCUCGGAGUAUUUUGUGGAAGGUACGAGCUUCGAUCAGGAUCGCAAAGCCAAAGAGGACCUAGCAAAGUCCGAGGCGACCCAGAAGGAGCUGGCCGAGCAGGAGCAAGCACGGGAAGCGGAAAAGGCGAACCGGAAGCGCUAUGCUCUCGUGAGGACACCAUCACCGGAGAUGCCACCAGAGCCCAAUGGUAAAGGAGUUGGCCAGCGGAAGCGCCGGGAUGAUCACGAUGCGGACGGUGCAGAAAAACGCCGCGAGGACGAUGAUAAUGACGAUAAGGCGAUGGACGGUGGGCGGAAGGAUGAGAAGAAAAAACGCAAGAAAAGAAAUUCCUCUACAAGUCCCGAACGCAAGAAGGAAAAGAAGAAGAAAUCCAAGAAGAAUAAAAAAGAAAGAUCCAAGAAAAAACACUCGAAACGUUCGCACCAUCGCGAUGGUGGAAGCGAUGCUCCCUCGGAUUCGGAUUCUGCCUCGAACAGUUCUGACGAGGAGUCACACUCGGACAUCGAGGGAAACAAACGCCGGAAGCGGUCAUCCCGUAAGGAUAAGAAAAAGAAAAGCUCUAAAAAGAAGCGAGCGAAGUCACGUUCCCAGUCUCGAGAUAAUUCCACUACGUACAAACGAGCGUACCACAGCGACGAGAAGCAGAACAGAAGGAGCAACAAAGACAUUCGAGAUGAAUCGAGCCCCAGCCGCGAUCGCAAAACGGAGAAGUAUCGCCGAGAACGUAACGAUCGUUAUCAACAACAACAACAACAACAACAACAACAGCAGCAGCAGCAAAAGCAACGAGAGCGCGAGGAACGUGUCGAGCGGGCGAAGCACGCCACGAAAGACGAAGAACAUCGAGAUAGACGAAGCCGAUCGAGAGAUCGCCGUCGACGCAAUUCAGGGGAGCGAAACAGGUCCCGAUCUAGGUCGGAUUCGGGUUCGCGAAGAAGGGAUAGAUCACGGUCGAAAAUCGCAGAUAAAGGUCAGAAGGACAGGUCACAGGAAAAGCGAGAGAGAAGCCUCGGUAGAGUGAAGGAGAGAAAGAGAGAUAAGUCCCCCAAAAACCAGGAUGAAAUCAAGAGAAGAGGAAGGUCUAGGUCUUCUAGUAGGAACAGAAACAAGCUCAAAGCCAAGAACAGGCAUAGAGAGAGUCGGUCUAAAUCGAACAGCAGACCAAGAAACGAUCGAAAAGCAAGGGACACGCGACGCGAUCGCUCAGAGGAACCUAGAAUGAAGGGAAAAGAACAGUCUCCGUUCGGGGAUAAACGUAAAAAUGAACCGAAGGUUCAUAGAAAAACCAGAAAAUCUAAAUCGUUGGAUCGAAAGAUCGAAACCACGAAUAAAAACAAACACUCUGAUAUGUGGAGCGAUCGCCGGGAUCGUAAUAGAUCAAAUUCACCGCGAGAGAAACAGAUCGAUUAUGACAAAGCGAAAAAACUCUCAGGUCGUACUAAGGAUUCCAAACGACGAAAUAGAUCCGAAUCAUCCGACCGUAGAGAUAGAUCAAUAUCCGUAGAUGAGCAUCCUGAAACAUCCAGAGGUGGCAGGGAUCGUAAACAAGCUGAAGGUCGCAAAGAAAGAAGACGAUCAGAAUCAUCAGAUAGGAGGGAUACUUCUAUGAUGAAAGAUAAACAUUCUAAUAAAUUGGAGAAAGGCAGGGAGCGUAAAAGAUCCAGGUCAACUGAUAAUACAUCUGGCUAUACAGAUAAACAUUCUUUGAAACCAAUUCGUAGAGAGGAGUCAAACCACAAAAAUGAACAAUCCGACAAAUCUAAAAAUCAUCGGGAACGAGAAAAGUCUGCAUCUGUAGAUCGCAAUAAACGCAAUAAAUGCAAUAGUCCUAAAAGAAGGGCAAGCAAAUCACCUACAACAUCAAAAAAGAAGCACGAGUCGCCAAUCAGAAAAUCUCCCCAAAGGAAUACAUCUUCAUCUUCGACAGUACUCAGAAAACGAAACGAUCGUUCACCGUCAUCUGUUUCGGAGAGAGAAAUACAGUCAUCUACCCACGAUCGAAAAGAACGAUCGCCUGUUCGUCGUCGUAACGUACGAUCCAAUUCUCCAGUUACGAAACAAACCAAACGAUCACAUUCUCCCUCUGAAAGUCGAAGAGAACGAUCUUGUUCAUCUGAGAACGUACAUCGUAAGAACUCUGAAUCGCCUAUAACUCGCAAACAUUCAUCUUCUUCAAUGAGAAAGGAAAUUGAUCGGCCACAGUCAACACAUGAUGAAAAAGCUAAUAAAUAUUCUAAAAAUCAAGAGCAUGUUUCCCAAGGAAAAAACAAAUCUCCAGAGAAGCGGAAGUCACCAACUGGUAAAGGAAAUCGUUCAAAGACCCCCGUACCAGAGAAAUCCAAAAAGCAAUGCCGCAAAUACACUCCUGAAAAAUCAACACCGAAGGAACGAACACAGACUCCAGAGCGGAAGUCGAACUCCAACACGAAUCGUAACCGACGGUCUGUCUCCAGCGAUUCCUCUGGUUCAGAGUCAUCUGACUUGAGUUACUCCCCAGCCGAACGCGAUCCUGAACGAUACCGUGACAUACUCGAAAAAUCAGAAAUACGGAAAAAAGGCAAGAAAGUCCGAUCCCCGUCGGAUGACCAAAAACGCACGCCGUCACCGUCUCGAGGUAAAUCGUCAUCUUCCGCAGUAGAAACUAAGGAAAGGGACAGCUCUAAAGCAUCGCGUUCUCCCAGCCCGUGUCGUGACCGUCGUACUCUUUCCAGACCACCCAUUAAACGUGAGUCCGUGUCUCGUUCGAAGUCACCUCCCAGGAAGCGCCGACACGAUACCCCACCAAUGGACGCUCCGACAAGCACUAAACAAGUGGGCGUGAAAAAACGGGAUCGUACGCCAUCUCCCGUACCGUCAGUGUCCAACGAUGGCAACCAUUCGCCGAGAGUAAAACAAGAGCAUGCUAAAGACGCUCGAAGGGCUGACAAUCACUCUCGUGAUCGUUCUUCGUCUCCGAGCGACUCUCCUAAACGGCCGAAGAGUCGAUCUCCCAAACGAUCUCCUGUCAACGCGGCUGAGAAAAACAAACAUGUGAAAAAAUCCAAGAAGAAGCUUCCACAGAUGGUCCAACCGGUUGUAAAACUACAAUCCCCCGCUUCCUCUUCCACGGAGUCGGACUCGGAAUCCCAGCCACAAUCCAGCAGAUCGAAACAGAAGAAUGAAUCCGAUCAUUUGGACGCUUUCCUGCCAACGUUUGGGGAUAAUCGCGAAGAUAAAGAUCUCACUUUGCUGAAAGCGCUCAAGAAUGAUUUAGCCGUGAAGGCAAAGCAAUGCCUGGAGAAGAAAAAAUCUGUUUCCGAAUUAUCGAGCAAAGGCGACAUGAUUGAUGCAAGUCUUCCGCGCCGUGGUGAAAGUCGUGAGCGUAACAUUCAAAUUCAGCAGGCGAAAAUGGCAUCGAUCGCUGCGGUCAACACAACUAUUGAAACUGGGAAAGGAAUAGAAUUCAGCACCGAAUCAACACCGGUUGAGGAACAACCGAAGAAAAAAGAUAAUCCUGUUGAACAUCAACACACUGAAUCACAUCAGAUCGGUCCCGACACCAACCAGACAAAGAAGGAUAUCCGGGAUAUUUUGACGACGGUUAGUGCAUGCAGAAUGGAUGACAACAAAAUCGGCAGUGUUACGGUCAGUCUGGCAAAGAGUACGAUCCUAAGCGCUGUGGAUAAUAUUCUCAAGGAGAAGAUUUCCGGAUCCCUUGAAGUGAUGAGCAAAUCGCGUAAAUCACGAAGCACGUCUAGAUCUAGGUCUAGAUCCCGAUCCCGAACGCACAGGUCUCGCAGUUACAGCAGCUCCAGUUCGAGUUCACGCAGCUCUCGUUCCCGCAGUCGCUCGUCGCGAUCCCGUUCCAGGUCCAGCGGUGAGAGCAGUCGCUCCAGAUCACGAAGCAGUACUUCCCGAUCGCGGUCACGAUCACCGCCCCCUCGUCGCAACAGGACAGCAUCCCGCUCGCCGUCGAUUCCUCGUCGCGCCGGAUCUCCUAGUUUCCUUGACAGACGUCGCAUCACCAGCGCUCGCAAGCGCCCCAUACCAUAUCGACGUCCGACUCCUUCAUCUGCGUCGAGCGCCAGCAGCUACAACAGCCGCAGCCGCUCGCGAACCCGGAGUCGCAGCAAAAGUAUCUAAUCUGUCACGCAAAAAAUACCAUACUCACACCCAGAAUUUAAUACCAAAAAAAACUUAGUAUUAACAGUGUGAUGAGAGAACACGAUCCACAGCAGCGGACUCGAACAAACUGAGAAUCAAAAACAAUCAAAUUGGAAAAUACUCUCUACUCGUUUGAAAAAUGCAUUGGAAUGAUAUGAUAUUACAAAUCUAAUCUCUAGAAUUAGAUGAAACCUUCAUCUCACACUCAUUUUAACGAAGCGAUUUUAACAGUUGUUGCGUUUGAAAUAAUGAAAUGAACAUUUUUAGUAUUAUGUGAAGCAAUUACUCACAAAUUGUUUGAUGAUGGAACUAGUCAACUUAAUAGAAACAGAAAUUGCUAGGAAAUAAUGCAGGGGUUUCCUCUAGUCACUCGAAGGAGGUGCAAUUCAUUGCUGUCGUAUUUAUUAUUAUUUAUAUAUCGAAUUUGACCUAACUUAUUUAUUGAUUUGCAAAUACAUAAUUCAUAGUUUGGAGAAACCUGAAUUCUCAUAUCAUCCAAGUUUACCAAUAAAAAUGCAAACGGUAUCCAAUGGUCAUUACGACGAAACUAGCAGUAUA